UGAGCAAGGAUGGCUCAGGGACAUUAUGCUAAAGAUAGGACACUAACAGCUUAAGAGCACAUCGCCAGCAGACACUGGGGUCACAUUUCGCCGCAAAGCCACACGCAAGAAAACAGUCACACCUCCUGAAAACAUUUGAUUUCUACACACAAAUAUAAUCAAUGAAAGCCAUCGUUGCAACAACAGAUCUUAGAAACAAGGCUUCACUUUAUUUGCACCUGAGAACUGAGAGCAUUACGUGGCGAUGGAUAUUAAUUUGAUAUUAAUUCUGUGUGCACACCCACCUACAAACUCAACCUCAUCAUCAAUUAAGUUUGAGGCUGCCAUUUCUGUUACAAAGUAUAGGCAGGAUUUGUAUGCUGCCUGAGAGGCUGGAAGCACAGAAGCGCUCACAUGUCAAGACUUAGACGACAAGCACCGUCACUAGCAUAUUUUAAAAUUUGACCUCAUUCAAUUUCAUCCAAUGCGGACACAUAACGGCGCAUCUUCUAGGAAACUAACAUCCGUAGACGCACCAGAUAAUCCAGACUUUAAUCUAUUUUGUGUUGCAAAGCACAGCCUGCAUCACAGCGUCCAUUAACCGACAGUAGCGGGAUGAUUAGCACCAUGAAGACAAUUAGCAAAGGGUUAUCAUGAGGAUAACAACAGUCAGUCACUUGUUUCUCUCAAAAUGCAAUAAAUAAAUAAAUGCGACAGCUUCAGCCUUAAGAAUAAUUAAGGAUAAGAGAACACAAAUGUCAACACUGGACAGUUUUUGUACCAUGUCUUUGUCUCCCUUUCCUUCUGUAUACACAACAUCUUUCCCACAUGGCAAACAGGGUUCUGUGUGUUUCAAUGGCUAUUUUGUAAAUACAAAGGGCCAUAACUAAGAGUUGGCUUCACCUAACCCUCCAGUCCACAUGUAGCAAACAUGGAGCGAACGGGUAGCAUCAGGAGAAAAGCCAUAGCCAGACAACAUAAAGGAGAAGUCAUGAUUGCUGGAGAACAACUCAGGUUGAGACUACACGAUGGGAAACUGAUCAAGGACCGGCGCUACCACCUGCGCACGUUUCCUAACUGCUUCGUGGCACAGGAACUGAUAGACUGGCUAGUGAGCCAUAAGGAAGCUCCAGAUCGAGCAACAGCCGUCUGCCUCAUGCAGCACCUCAUGGAUCAUGACAUCCUUCACCACGUCUGUGAUAAGAGGCCAAUGUUGAAGGAUGCCAAACUGCUGUACCGUUUCCGCAAGGACGAUGGCACGUUUCCCUUCAACACAGAGGUGAAAAUCUUCAUGCGAGGACAACGGCUCUAUGAACAUCUCAUCGGGGACAAGAACUCCAUUCUGCAGCUGAGAGAGGAGCACGGCGUUGCAUAUCAGCGCUCCUUUCCGGGCUGCCAGUUGAUAGACUGGCUCCUUCAGAACGGGGAGGCAGAGAGCCGGCGCCGGGGACAGGAGCUGUGCCGCGCAUUGCAGGAGCAUGGCAUCAUUCAGCACGUGGCAAAGAAGCAUGAUUUCUAUGACAGUGGACUGCUCUAUCAGUUCUGCAUCAAUUUUCGCCGCAGACGCCGCCUAUCUGAACUGUUGAAUGAAAGCGAACAAGACGAGAGCGAAGAUGUGGCAGCGUCCACACAAGAGGACAACCAUGCCGAUAGCCUGUUUGUUCUGCACAAAAGCCCGCCUCAGGAUGGCAACAGUGCCUUCCAGUCUGUGAGGUUAAGUAAAGAGCUGAAACAGGUUACCAGUGGGCAUCGAGGCAGCUUGAACUCCCCUCAGCUUCACUCUUCUGGACCUUUGGUCCAGCUGCCUUCGACUUCAGUGAGAUGCAAUCCUGAAUCAGUGCUAAGAAGACAUUUUACAUGUGAGGAGUUAUUUGCACCAGGGGCACCUUUAAUCAAGAGAGUGUUGACGGUGAUAGGAGAUGACCUGGGCUGGGGCUUUGUUGUCAGAGGCAUGGCUCCCUGUUACGUGCAGGCCGUUGACCCGGGAAGCCCUUCAGCAGCUGCAGGAGUUAAGGUGCGGCAGUUUGUGUGCCAGGUGAACGGAAAGUGUGUUCUCUUCCUGGACUACAGGACAGUCACCAGGCUGGUGAUGACAGGGCCUCACACGGUUGUUCUGGAAGUUAUGGAACCGCUGGAAUGA